AUGGCAAAUAUUCAAGAUCUCCCAAGCGAGAUUCUGCAAGCCAUCUUCUACCACGUCUACCAUCAAGCUGGGCGCAUGGAUGCAUCAGCAUGGAACAACCGAGACGUAGCCUUCUCUGCUCUUGUCAAGGUUUGUCAGAGCUGGAGGAUCAUGAUUAGCAACAUGAGAUUUCGUGGUGUGGCAUAUGAAUGGAAGUUUGAGGUUGAAACAGGUCACUUUCUGAUUCUAGGCGAGAUCGAUAUUAGGGAUGAUGAGAACUGGAAACCUUUGAACGUGCUUAGAGAAAGGGAGGACCAGAUUGAGAGUCAAUAG